GAGCGUCGUGAAGUGAGCCAAGGCGCUGGAGAAUGCAUCCAUUACAACAGGUUUAUGACGCUGCCAUUAACACAGCAAAGGCAAAGAUUACCUGUAUUUCAGUAUCGAAAUCAUAUUUUAUAUAUGCUUGAAAAAUAUUCAACUUUGGUUGUUGUGGGUGAAACUGGCUGUGGUAAAUCAACUCAGAUCCCACAAUAUCUUCAUGAAAGUGGCUGGUCCAAAGGGGGUCGAGUUAUCUGUGUUACCCAACCACGACGUAUCGCUACUGUUACUGUAGCAACACGAGUAGCAGAAGAACAAGGUGUAUACCUGGGUCGAGAAGUUGGUUAUGCUAUCCGAUUUGAAGACUGUACCGAUAAAACAUUAACACGUAUUAAGUUUGUAACAGAUGGAUUAUUAAUACGUGAAAUGAUGGCUGAUCCGUUACUACGAAGAUAUAGUGUGGUUAUGCUUGAUGAAGCUCAUGAGAGAACAAUCAAUACUGAUGUUGUUAUUGGAUUAUUGAAAAAGAUACAAAAGAAACGACCUGAACUAAAAAUUAUUAUAUCAUCGGCUACAUUGGAUGCUGAAGCAUUUCGUGAUUUCUUUAAUUCCAAUACUACUGAUGAUACUAGUCUUGAUACUGCUAGCAUUUUAUCAAUUGAAGGCCGCAUGUUUCCUGUCGAUAUUCAUUACACCGCUGAUCCAGUACCAGAUUACAUCAAAGCAGCUGUGGACACCGUCUUUAAAAUUCACCAAAAUGAAAAACGCGGUGAUAUUUUAGUAUUUCUUACCGGUCAGGAAGAAGUUGAAACUGCAGUCAAUAUGACUAAUGAUUACAAUCAUCAAUUGCAACAAAAGUUAAUGCCAUUGCCUAUGUAUGGUGGAUUACCUCCAGGCGAGCAGCUUAAAGUGUUCAAAAAAACUCCUGAAAAUAUGCGAAAAGUUAUUUAUGCAACGAACAUUGCCGAAGCAUCCAUAACGAUUGAUGGAGUUGUUUAUGUAGUGGAUUGUGGAUUUGUUAAAUUAAAAAUGGUUCUUCCUAAUGCUGGAAUGGAGUCACUAGUUAUAGUACCAAUCUCAAAGGCUUCAGCUAAGCAACGCGCUGGGCGUGCUGGUCGUGUUCGUUCUGGCAAAGCGUAUAGGCUAUUGACGGAAAAAGAUUACGAAAAGUUAUUAUCAUCUGCUACUGUUCCUGAAAUGCAAAGAGUUAAUUUAAGCGCGGUAGUUAUUCAGUUGAAAGCUUUAGGUAUUGAUAAUGUACUGCGUUUCGAUUUUUUGUCACCGCCACCGGCUAAGAAUAUGAUCCGAUCAUUAGAAUUACUGUAUGCUCUUGAAGCAUUAGACGAUUACGGUAGGCUAACAUUAGGAUGCGGAAAUAAAAUGGCUGAGUUACCUGUUGAUCCUAUGCUCGGGAAAAUGCUAUUGUCAUCGAGCAAGUUGGAAUGUUCCGAAGAAAUUCUUACAAUCACAGCAAUGUUGCAAGUACAGAAUAUAUUUUAUACACCGCCAAAGAGAAAAGCAGCCUCUGAUAAUGCUCGUAGAAAAUUUGCUGUGUAUGAGGGAGAUCAUUUAACACUAUUAAAUGUCUAUAAAGCGUUUAUGAGGUGUCGAAAAAGUUCAAAGUGGUGUCAAGAAAAUUACCUAAAUUAUAAAGCUCUAACUAAAGCGGUUGCCAUAAGGGAACGAUUAAAAGUUUUUAUGAAGAAAUUUAAAUUGCCAUUAAUAUCAUGUGACGAUGAUCCUGAGGCGGUAUGUAAAUGCCUUGUUACAGGAUUCUUUGCUAACGCAGCAAAAUACUGUGGUGAUGGUUGUUAUAGAACAAUUCGGGAUAAUCAUGUCUUACAUAUCCAUCCAAAUUCUGUACUCUACACUGAGGAACCUCCAAAAUGGGUAAUAUUCCAUGAAGUUCUCCAAACAAAGAAGGAUUAUAUGAGAGACAUUACAGUCAUUGAGCCUUCAUGGCUAUACGAACUGGCACCCCAUUACUAUGAAUAUGGAACCGUAAGUUUGAUAAAUUAUCGCUAA